CCAAGGUCAGGUUGCUAACACAGUCAGAGCCGUCUCUUCAUCCAGCCAUUUAUUCACCUAUUUAAUAUUCCUGACAAGAUCUCAGAACCUUUCAGCCUCAUGCAGAACUCUGAGAAUGCACAGAAUGAACCUGCGAGCGCACAGAUGGAAAGGGAUUCCUAUGAUUUGCCGUCACAUGACGCCCUCUCAAAGAUCCUCCUGGAGUAUCUUCACCUCGUCAAAAAGCCUAAAACUCAGACCAGGACAGAAUCUGUACCACAGAAAAAAUCUAACUCUCAGCUCAACCGAACAUUUGAUGUACAUUCGGCACAAAAAAGUCCCUCGGUACCUGAUUUCAAAAAUGACCCUCAUGUAGGUGAAGUCACUGAACAUCAAACUAAAGAGUUGGAAAACUAUCGUGCGGCUAUGCAUAAGAUGGCGGAUGACAUCAUUGGCCUGCGCUCUCAGGUGAGCAGACUGGAGUCUGAGAACAGUCAGCUACGGCAUGACCUCUCCCUGCACCAGGACCUGGGCCACACCCUGUUGGACGACACCGACACUGACGUCAUGACCAAGACCGAGAUUGCUGACCGGAUCGCCUCUCUGAAGUUCAAGCUCUCCAGUGAAAGCAGCAAAGCAGCUGCCCAGAAGGACAGAAUCCAACAGCUUCAAAACGAGCUCAUCAGGAAGAAUGACAUUGAGAAAGAGUUUGUCCAGCUGCAAAGAGCACAUCAACAGCAGCAGGCUGUGCUAAAGAGAUAUCAGGCCCGUGGCAGUAAAAUAACUGCACUGGAGGAUACGGUUCGCCAACAGGAAAAGGUCAUUGAGAAGAUGGAGAAAAUAUUGGAUGCAAAACUGAAGGAAAGAAAUAAAGAAAAUUCAGACAAGAAGAGAACAGCUGUGAAACAUAAAGAUGAAGAGGAGCUCAAGAGAAGAGAGAUUGAGUCUGUGCUGGCGGCAGAAAACUCUCGACUCCGAGCAGAGCUGGACAGGCAACGUAAUCUACCCCCACCUGUCAUCAUUCAACAGCCUGUGCAGCCUUUCUCAGACAGUGAGAAGCUGGACUUACUGACGCAGCUGGCGAGAGCUGAGGGUCGAAUCCAGACACUGGAACAACAGCUGAAAGAGAACUCCAGACAAUGGGGGAAAGAGAAACAAGAGAUGUUGACCAGACUCAGUGAAUAUGAACAUGGAUUCGCUCGAACAUCAACCAUGAUUCUUCUUGAUCUGCCUGUGAAAAGUGUGACUGAGUCUGUAUUGGGACAUUCUCGACACAGGCAACUGGAACCUCUGAAGUGAUCACGUCUAAUCAGUAAGCAAGAAAGUCAGGUUUGGAACAACAUGAGGCUUUGCUAUCUGCCGGCGUUCAGUGGUUUGAUGGUUAGCAUGAUGGGCUUCUCAGGCAGUAAGAUGAGCUCAAACGUGCUCCUGAUCUCCACCUGCCUCUGCUUCUCAAACCUGAAGUUCUC